AUGCCAAUGUCGGGCCUGAACUAUGCUUUCCAGCAUGGAGAUGCCUCGCACACCAACACCAAUCAUGUAGAACUUUCUCUCUUCUCUGCUCGAAUUCAUCCGGUUGGGUAUCAACAGUCUCGACGUGAUAGCCAUCCACACUACGACUCGUCGUCACACUCCAAUGCAGCCAAAUUGUACAAUGCUCGCAACAACGCAUUACUCGCAGCACAUAGCCCUGUAGAUAACCCUUGCAUGCCAUGCGAUGGCAUGGCAAGCAUCCCGCUUGGUGUUUACGACUAUGAUGAGUCCCACGGGUGGCAGCACCACAAUGGAUACGGACAGGAGACGAACAAUGUCAACGCUGUCGGUUAUUCAACAAUGGAAGUGAAUGCAUCGUACACCUUUGCAAAGCUUGAUAAUUGUCAACACCUUGAGGUUCAUGAUGAUUCUGGUUUAGAAGAAGAAGGAGACAGCGAAAGUCUUUCCUGCAGCCAAUGUAGCAUAUUCUUUCAUGGCAAAUAUCGCAGCGGAAACUUGAGACGACAUAUUCGUGCCUUCCACAAUGUGGUGGUUUCGGUUGUCGGACUGACAUGCCGUAUCUGUAAGAAGCAAUUCAAACGGGCAGAUGCUACCCGCAAGCACGAGUGGGAGCAGCAUAGUAUGCUUGACGUAAAGCCAAAGAGGAGGACACCAAGCUAG